AUGGGCGAGGCGAGAGGGUUCAACGACCGACCUUCCCUCGGCCGCGCUACUUUCGUCUUGACGACUGUUGACAGAUGUUGCAGCUUCAUCCAGGCCAUCGCAGGCACCCCCAUCGCCGGAGCAGUCGUCGGCUUUGCCGCAUCAAGCAUCCGCGGCGACGACGGUGACGACGACGACAGCAUCCUCGUCGCCGACCGAAAGCUCGUCUUCCAUGCCAGCCAUCUCCGAACCGACGACGACGUCGACGGUGUCCUCGUCACGCCCAGCACUCGUACCAACCCUGCCGUCGAGCACAACGCCAGAACAUACGCAUCAUUACAACCGCGAGCGGCAGGGCUGCAUGAAAACGCCGCGGCGCUUGAUCGACAGGAGCGAGACGUCGCUCAGGCAACGGAUGAUUUGCGUCGUGCGAGCGACCUUCUUCAACGUGAGGCAGAUCGGGCAGCCUCCAAGGUCAAGGAGAUUGGACACGUUCAGAAUUGGGCUGAGCUUCUGGAGCGCGAAUUCCUCGUUCUGGAGGAGACGGUGCGUCUUGCGAAGGCUACAAACAACGACGACGACGACGACGAUGAUGAUGAUGAUGAUGAUGAUGAUGAUGAUGAUGAUGAUGACGGUGUUGAUGACGGGAUCGACGGCGGAACUGGCACUGGUAGCUGUGACGCCAGCUGCUGUGCCGAGUGCGACCGGGACGGAGGGGCCAUGGUUCUGGACGAGGUGGCCUCUCCGUCCACCGAGCCAUCCAUCGAGCCUGUCAGUCGCCAGGUCGAUGGGUCGUCGCUAGGCGGGGACAGGAACAGGAGCGCAUAA